UCUAUCUGCCAUCCAGUAUUCUUCCAUUCCCGACUGCAAACAUGGCUUCUGCUCCUCUCCCACCAGCCAUGAAAGCAUGGACCUUUUCCAAGUCAGGUCCCCAUCGCAAGGUACUCCAGCUCACCAACCUUCCAACUCCUAGGCCGCCUACUGGGAGUCAGGUUCUCAUCAAAGUUGCCUAUGUUGGAGUCAGUCCUUCUGACACCAAGCUCAUGAACCUCUUCCCAUCGAUUUUCGUGCGCGCGAAUUCCACGCCUGGGGCGGAAUUUUCCGGCACGGUCCUCGCUCGCGGUCCUGACGCACAGGAGGACUUACAAGUAGGAAUCAAAACAUUCGGCAUGCUGCCCCGCGAAUCCCAUUUCAGAGGCUAUGGAACCUACUGCGAAUACAUAUGCCUCGACACUAAAACCUCCGCCCUCGCAGUCGUCCCAGGAGCCCUAACAAUGGCAGAAGCAUCCGUCAUCGGCGCAGGUGGAGUAAUGGCCUUCCUCAUCCAUAAAUACGGUAAGGUCCCCGAACACAACGACUACCGGAUUCUUGUCAAUGGCGCUAGUGGAGGCUGUGGCUCCAUGUUUGUACAAGCCGCUGUUGCGCUUGGGGCUAAAGAAGUUGUGGGCACGUGCUCGGCGCCGAAUGUUGAGAUGGCGAAGAGCUUGGGAGCGAGUAGGGUUAUUGAUUAUCGCGCUAAUGCUCCUCUGCAUCAAUAUCUGGCGAAGGAAUUUGGGGAUCGUCCGUUUGAUUUCGUGCUUGACACGGUUGGUGCGCAGGAUUUGUAUCGGAAUAGUAAGGGGUUUUUGAAGGAGGGCAGCAUAUUCUUGAAUAUUGGAGACUAUAUGCAUGGCACGUAUUGGACGUUGUGGUACAUAUUUGUCAACAUGUUUUGGCCGGCGUGGUUUGGAGGAACACCGAGGAAGUACGUGUUUUUUAGUGGGUAUCCAGAUCAUGCGAGUUUGGAGAGGUUGGUGGGGUUUGUGAAAGAAGGGAAGAUGAAGGUGAAUGUUGAGAAGGUGUUUGCAUGGGAGGAUGUUCUUGACGCGUUGGAUCUGAUCAAUACGAAGAGGGUAAGAGGGAAGAUUGUUUUGAAGGUAGGUGGGGAUUAAGGUGGGAUAGUAAGUACAAAUGCGCAGCUUGCCAAGGGAGUUGUUUUCGUUCGCAGCCCUCUUCAGUACGCUUUCACAAAAAGUAGACCACAGUUCGAGUAUACUUUCCGGUAAAACCCCUUGCUAGAAAU